CAAGAAAAAAACUAGAGCUGAACAGAUUCUUACACACAGGACAUCCACCUUCUCCAUAGAGAAGGAAAGCCUGGGCUCCCAAUGUAGACUUACUCUCCUGUGUCUCAAACAGAAAAACUAACCCAGAAACUACGUACCUGUCAGUCUCACUUCAGUGCCUGGUACAGUUAUGGAGAAGAUCAUUCUGGGAAGGAUUGAAAAACACCUGAAACACAAUGCAGUCAUCCGUCACAGCCAGCACGGCUUCAUGAGAGGAAAGCCCUGCCUGCUGAACCUGAUUUCCUUCUAUGACAAGCCUGCCGCAGCAGGAGGGGAAGAGGAAGGGGGAGUGAGAGAGUGGCUCAUGGUUUGGAGAAUCUCAGUGGGAGCACUAAAUUGGGGAGUACCAUUCCUAAACCAUGACAGUCCAAUAGAGUCAAUGCCAGAUGGCUCCAGGAUGGACCUGCCACUGGCCAAGGCCAUGCUCGUCUGUGACAGUGGCAGCACCUCUAGGAUAACAAAAUUAAAUGUGGGGGUGCUGGAGCAGUUUGUAAAGAAAUGCAGCCCGUGGCAAGGAUUCAUGUUGGAGAAGCUCAUGGAGGACUGUAUCCUAUGGGAGGGAUCCUACACGCAAGCAAUGCCAGAGUGUGAGGAGUCCUCCCCUGAGGAGGAAGGAAUGACAGAGAUAUGUCAUGAAUUGACUCCAUUCCCUACUUCUCUGCACUACAAGGAUGGAAGAAAAUCAGGAGUGAAGUUAAGCCAAGGAAGAAGGGAGCAUUUUUUUAAGAUUUGGUUUUACUUCUCAUUACCCUACUCUGAUUUAACUGGUAAAAAAUUAAACUUAUUUCCCCAAGUUGAGUCUGUUUUACCUAUGACAGUGUUUGAUGAGUGAUCUCUCCCCGCCCUUAUCUUGACCCAUGAGCCUUUCAUUAUAUUUUUUCUUCCCUGUCCAGUCGAGGAGUGAUGCCCCCUUUGGUGGGCACCUAGCAUUCAGUCAGGGUCAACACACCACAUAGAAGAACUUCAUAUAAAUGUGUUCAAGAUUAUUUCAUUAAGUUCCCAUGAUGUUCUUCAUCUUUGUGACCUCUAUUUAGAUACUGCCUUAUGACUAAAUUAUACCCUUUUAUUGUACUUCUCUCAUUGUUUGUAUUCUUAUGUAUUUUAUGUUUGAAUUACACUGUCUAUGAAUUGGGAAAUGGAUGGUUUGCCCAUGCAUGUUUCCAAAAUACCUAUCACAUCAGAGUCCUAACAGUCCCAGGCAAGAUCUGAACUAUCACCUAACUCUUAACAUAUAUCCAAAGGAAAACAAAAGUAAAAACACAAGGCUCUGCCUCACCCCUGUUUAGGGCCUAGGAGACCACAGACACUAUAAUUUUCUCUAGAAAUCUUGUGGAAAUCUCAGAAACUUUACUGCUACAUGUAGGUAGAUCUGGUAUCCUGGCUGAAUAAAGGAUUUAAAUGGAUACUUUAUAGUUAAAGUCAUAUGGGCACCACAAAAUAGCACAUCUGUGCUUGAGAAACGGGCAGUAUUCCAGACUGGAAGGGGAAGUUUGGAUUAUUUUCUCUAAAUUGGAAUCUAGACACUUCUUUGCUUGGUGGGACUCAAACUUCAUAAAAGUAUUAAACUGUUAAGUAAUUAGAUUGAGAUUAAUAGUACCCUUCACACAUGUUAAAGAGAGGAAUGUCAGCUGUCAAAAAUAUUAGUCCCCAGAAGGACAGCUAUAUCUCAAAUGCUUUUGUUCAAGUCUCUCCAGUCUUACAUGACCACUAGUAAAACUGAAAUAAGAGCCUUACCUCAGCCAUAAGAAAACAUGUAAAGUACAUGUGAAGGGCUAUGUGCUCUGACAUCUUUUUAAUCCAGAAUCCUAACUGCCUUAAGUAUUUUAAAGGACUAGGUUUAUUUUCAUACAGACCAAUAAGCUACUUUCCUGGGCCUUUCUUGAGUUCUGAUGUCACCCACUCCUCUUGCCCAACUGUAAUCCCUGUGUUCUGGCUACUCGAAAAGUAAUUCCUGUGUGGCGGCUUCUAAGAUAAGGACCUAUGCCUUAAUUUAUGUAUCCUCUGAAUAAAUUCAUCCCCAAUUAUCUUGACUAUUCUUAUGUGGGCUCUUUGACUUUGUGUAUGCUAUUAAAGCACACUUAUACUCCAAUAAGCAAUCUGUAAAAAAUGUAUAAUUGGAUUCUCUGUG